GUAUAUCAGUUUUUUUUUUUAUUUUGAUGUGCAACUGACUUCAACGUGGAGACUUUUCAGUCUCAAACCGAGGAGCGUUUCUCGUAAUGAGGUACUCUUGAGUGGUAUUCACAUCAGUAUCUCAUAACUCACUUCUGCUCAAUUUCGUUCUGCUUUCUCAAUCCACUUGGAAAGGAGUAAUGAAGUAGAAGGAUGAACGUGUGGUGGUACAGUUAAGAACAGCGGACCCUGGAAGACAAAGUAUCAAAACUUUGUAUUUCCAUAAGUGGGAGUGGGGGCAUUGUCUUAUGUUUCGAGGAUUUCGACUUGGCAGUUUAGUCAAACAUCACCUGCUUAAAAUAUAUAGUCUGCGUUUUUAGUGCGCCCGCUUUGGGAUACCGUCCAUUUCUGUUGAGAGACUCGUGACGAACCUAUCUGUAUGAUAUUCAGCCAGCCGCUUGUUUUUUUUGGAGGGUGGUAAGGCCCAAGUCUGCACCGCCAUAUCCUAACUGUGAGAUCAUCAUAUCUGCAAAGAAAAGGGAAUAGUCUCAGCACAGCAAUCUCUCACUUGGUACAUGUAAGCCCCCAUUUUCACCUCCAGGAUUAGUAGUCUGGUGUUCAUCAAGAAGAGAGUAAAAAUGGCCACUGAACCAGAAGAUGUUUCUUAUGAAACACAAUCUGCUUACCCCAGUACCUCAGAAAUACAGCAUGUCAUUGAGAAAACGGACCUCUUUAGGAUGGACAGUGAGGAUGACUCUGCUUGGAGAGAUGGGCAGUGGAAAGAGGUGUUCAAUAAGAGAGUUCAUCAGCGGUUGCUUAACUUACAAGAAAAGAAAAUGAAACAGAUAAAAAAACAGAGGGAGGCAAAGGAGAAAGAGAAAAGAGGACCCCCAGUAGAUUCUUUCAGUCAAGAGUGGUUCCAGGAUGACAAAUUAACGGUGGAGGCUAGAGCCUACUUUCUUGAUAAACUACUGCCUACUUUAGUGCCUGGAAUGGAGAAAUUGUCCAUGGAAGCAGAAAGAAGAAAGUGCGUGACUGAGGAAAAGAACCAUGAUUUUGACCCACUUCAUUUUUUGGGAGAAUACUUAAUGAGAAAUAAUACUCAGUUUGGAAGUUGCCCCAAACCUACUCCUUAUGUAAAAGGUCUUCAGAAAAUACUUGAAAAACUUAAAGACGAAGUGUUUGAUAUUGAAGAUAACAGACUUGCACAGCUGAAGACUGAAGCCAUAGAAAAGAGAGGGGAGCGAGAGCAGCUUCGGCAACUAAAGGUUCAAAUAGACGACAAGAGGAAGGAGGCCCUCAUGUUACAGUUUAGUACCUGGGCCCUGGAUGAUGAUAAGCAACUACUUCUUGCUUUGGUUCAAAGUGCCUUGAGGUCUUUCCUGGAAAAUGUUGAUGAGUCUUUCAAAUGUGAACAUGCCAAAUUGUAUGACAGAGAACUGGAAAACACAGAUGUGACAGGAAGGCGACUGAAUGAGCAGGAGUUUGUAGAGUACAUCUUCUCCUACAUCAGAAAUUUCCCGUCAGAACUCUUUCAAAUAUUUUUACUUCACCUGACUCACUGCUCAGAUGCUAGCCACAAAGCAGCAAAGAGAAAUGCACAGAGGCAUUUAUUUUCAGACCUGUUUCAGAAAUGUGAUCAUGGAAAGACAGGAUUUCUGGACAGACAACGAAUUAUAUCCUUACUUGGAAGAUAUUAUGAUAGUGCAUCUGAGAAUAUUAAAUUCACCCUACAGAACCCCAGGCAGUGGCCUAUUUCAGAAGUGGAUGAUUUGAAGGAAUCUGAGUUUCUAGAAGGCUGUGAAUAUGAAGAGGAAGACAUUGAAGCAUCAGAAGAAGUAAACAAAGUACUGAGAUCCUUGCAAUCCCCACAAGAGGUUGUAAUGUCCUCAGAAAUAACCGCAGUGGCGCCUUUUAAUUUCCCUAAAGAGGAUUCUGUAUUAAAUUCCGAUCACAGUAGCAUGGUGCAAUCUCCCUUAGAGCAGGAUAUAGACAUGUUAACCAGAGUCAAAAGAACAGCCAGUGAAGAGUCUAAAGGAAUUAUCAACAAUAUUACUAUAGUUGAGCAAGUUGAAAAAAAACAACAGAUUCUUCAAGAUGUCCCUCUAGAUGAAGGAGGCAGUCCAAACCCUAAUGAGUUUCAAGGAUUACAAGAGGCCUGUGCAGUCAGUGUUAAUAAAAAUGAGCAGGAUAUAAGUAGCAAGAGUCAGUGGAAGGAGCAUGAUGCCAUCACUGCUAGGAAGGCCAGCACCAGCACAAGCACUCUGGAAGCAGCACCUCUAACUCAUAAAUAUGAAGGAAUUUGGAAGAAACCAGAACAAGAAAACCAUAUGACUGCUGACCUGGAGCGCCUGAAUAGUGAUUUUGCACUGAGAAGUCAGAAGGAACAAAGUAUUGCAGCUUCUAGAUUUACAGAUCUGUAUUCUAUAAUUACUGAUAUUCAGUCCCGCAAUACCUCCCCUGUUACAAGUGUGCACAGUGACCAUGCCUUGAACCUUCCUCAGUUUGUCCAACUUAUGGAGACAUUUGUUGGAGAGGAUACACCUUCUACAGCAGUGGAUAGCCUCAUUUCAUUCAUUGAGGAUAGCUACAUGGAAUCUGAAGAAGAAAGGCUAGCAGCUUUGGCAAAGGUACGCCUCAGGGCUCUGGAAAUUGAACACAGAAUGUUAUUGGAUGCCCUUUUUGAGAAGUGGGACAAUGAAGGUUCUGGAUUUCUGGAUCUAAAUGAAGUAGAGGACGUACUUUUCAAGUACAAAGAUGGAAUGGAAAAGGCAGCCAUGAAGAAAGCAAGGCUUAUAAGGUCUGCCUACAAGCGUCAGAAAGGUGACACUCGAAUGUCAAAGAAAGAAUUCCGAGCUUAUGUGGACGCUGUUAUUGCAGAACUCCCUGGUGAAAAAGAAGAAGUGUUUAUGAGUGUUGUAGCUUUCUUGACAAGCAGUGUGGCACGAUCACUUGCUGAGCAGGCAAGAGGCAAUGCUAGGAGAAAAUGGCUAUAUCAAAUCCAGCAAGCAGCUGAGACUAGUGGGGCAAACAUGGAGCCUGUGUAUAAGACCAUCUUCCAAGUUCUUUACAAGGAUGCUGAAAGCCAUGGAAACAACAAAAAGAUCAGUGCAUACAUUGCUCUGCUGGAACGCAGCAAGAAACAGGAGGACUUUGGCAACACUGUGCUGAGAUAUGUAGCCUGUACAGCAGAUGAUGCUGAAAUGGUAUUGAACAAAACAUUGCACAGAAACAUGAAAGGAGUAAGCUUUAAGGCAGUGGAAGAAGGGAAACCAGUUCAUGUACCUAGGGUGCAGUAUCAUGGAAGUAUUCAUUUCUGGGAUACUAGCUGCCCUGAAGAAGAAAAGAAGGGAUCAUUCCUGGUAAUACCACUGAAGAACUCUCAAAAUCGAGUAUUUGGAAUUUUGGGUGUUGACACAGUUCGAGAUCCCCGGGAACGUAAUAUUUUUGUCACUCAUGAGAUCAGCUUUUAUCAGGGUGUUUCUAAGACCUUUGGAAUAGCCUAUGCUCAUGUCCAGGGACGCAGGAACAUACUCCGUGUGAUAAAUAGUGCCAUGACCUGGAUACAUUAUAGAGCUCCAAGCAUCAAAACCAUCACUACAUACAUGAUGGAACCUGCAACAGACAAGGCAGCAAAGUAUGUAUUGCGCAAAAUGAUGACAUCAAACAAAGAACUUACUGAAAUGCAUUCACCUCCUGCUAUUCUUCGUAGGAAUGAUAAUCUUUUCAGAGACUAUUUGUUCAAGUGUGUAGACAGUUCUGAAGUUAUAACAGCCAAUGUGUAUGGGGAACGGCACAUAGUCAUUCCUUUGCGGACCCCAGCAGGACAGGCUCUAGGCAUGCUAGAUAUCAACAUCGGACAGCAUCAAGAAUUACCAGCUCAUGAGCAUCAGGAUCUGCAGAAGAUGACCCAGAUGAUACAAGCUGCCUGUCAUGAGAUACUGAAAGAGACUUCAGGAAAGACAGAGAAGACAAUGGUCCUAGAAAUGGAACAUACCAAUGAAGAGAAGCGUGUAGAUAUUCUCUUUCACCGCUUCAUGCUGCAAGACCUGAGAGAAUGUGUAAUAAAACUGGAUCAGAAAUCUUUUGCUGAGCUCAGGAGCUACAAGGAGCCCCCAACCAUGGUACACAAUAUUCUGAAAGGAGUCUUGCUACUGUUUAAUCCUGAAUGGGCUGAGACAGAGGAAAUUGAGAGUUGGAGUCAAUGCAAACUGCAAGUAAAUACAGAGUUGAUAAGGAACGUUUCCUGUUUCGAUCCAACAGCUCGUUCUUCCCUCUGCAAGGUGGAACCUGUGGCUAAAUACAUCAAGGGAAUACCAAGAGGAGCUGUUUGGAAGCAUGGCUCUGUUCCAGCAGAGUAUCUGUAUAACUGGGCAUUUACUUGUUUGGCAUUACUGGAGCACAAGUCUAAACUCUGAACCACAGGAGGGUUGUAAUACCUGUAGUCCUGUCACUAAUGCCAAUUAUUUCAGCAGUGAGCAGAUAUGAUUUUUUUCAGCCAAACUGAUGGAUAUUAUCAGUAUGAAACUGCAUGUAUGUAAAUCUCCACCUGAUGUUACAACUAACCCAGAUAAGAUGGCCUCUGAAUGCAAAAAAACUUAAGGGGACUUUGUUUGCCUUUAGACUGCAACAUGAAAUUACUUUUUAUUUAAAAUAACAGUGAAGUUGCAUGUCAUUUGAAAAUACCAGAAUAAUUCUAAGCCAGUGUAGCUUUUUGAAGGAACUGUUUGCAUGAAAGCAGUGACUCCACAGUUUCCUGUUCUGUGUAGGAAAGCUGCUCUGAACUUUAUUAGUCAGCUUAGAUUGUAUCUGUGUAAUAAACUGCCAUUUGGGGGAAAAACAGGUUUUAAUAAAAACAGUGAAUUUGUUAUACAUUUAUUUGGCAAGCUUCAUGCCUGCAGAGAUUACACUGAUUCAGGAUAUGUUCAUUCUGAUAAGCUUCUAUUGAAUUUAGCUUGAGACUGCUUGGCAUUAUUGCCAGCUGUGACCCCAGACAUUAUCAGAUGCCCAUGAUGGAAUUCCAUUGUUGUCUCAUUUACUUGAAAUCUAGCUGCUUGUCAAAUUUCUUAGAAAUACAUCUGCAGUGAAUGAUAUUAAUCUGAAACAUAUGGGACCUAGGCUUGGGUAUAAAUGAAACUAAUGGAAUGCUUUUGUUUACUUAGUUAGAUUCAAAUAAAGAUACAUUUUUAAACAUCAAUAAUAAAAAGAUACCUGGCAAAACAGACUUUAAAACUUUAUUCAAGAUAUGUCAUUUUCAUAUUACUGUGGCUUGUCAGAUGAACCUCUGUUGUGUCAAAAUAUUUGUUCUAUAAUAUUUGGGCUCCAUCCCUGACCCUUGUAUUGGAGACAGUUACAUUUAUGUUUGUUGGUGGACAAAUGUGUGAUUACUAAUUGUGGUGCCACCGCAUGCAUCACAGACAUGCCACCCUUUUUGACAUGUAUUGUCCCAGUGUCCACUGUGGUUCUACACCUGGUCUCAGUGUCAAAUGUGAUGACAGCUUGUCAGGUAGUUAUUGCUCCAAAGGUGAAUGUGGAGUGUGCAGAAGCAGUAAUUAUAGAACAAUACCAUUCCUGAAAAGGGUGUCUAGCACUCGAGGUAGCAUCAUCUGUGGAAAAUAUCCCAUCAUCCUUACCUCAUAGCCUUUAUUUGGGUUACUAUACUACUCUGAAAGGUAUUUGUGACAUAUUGUUCUAAUGCAAUAGUGUGUACAGGUGCCAGAUGAGAUUUAGUGCUGACAGUCAUAGCAUCAUUUGGUCGUCAGAAGUAGCAACAACCUCAGACAGUUAAGUCAGGCAGUUUGGAAGGAUCUACUUUUCCCUCAUUUUUUCUGAUAUAUUUAUAAGAAAUACAGUUAUGAAAAAUAUUUUCUGGCACACCAAGCUAAGUAAAAUAUUUUAUUUAAGAUCAUUGUACUGCUUAUACUGUUAUUGUUCAGUAGCUUCUCAGAGCAGUCAAGGACACAGCUAUCCUUUUAUUUCAGUUUUAUACCUCAUCUUCGGGAAGAAACUGAUUACUGGAGCUCAUUUGAAAGUUAUUUGAAAAUUAUUUAUGAAACUAACUUAAAAGUGACAAGGUUUAUUCCCAUCUACUGUUAGUUUUAUUCUGAUGGAGUUAUACAAAUAGUUACUUAAAGAGAGAGUAAAGACUAGUUAUUUUCUCAGAUUUAUGAGAACUGGGACUAACCAGGUUAAUUAUUUCUGGAAUAAACUUGUUAUGGUGUUUAUUUUAUGUUGUUAUGCUCUGGUGAACUACUUGUUAUAAUUUAUUUUACCUAGCUAUGCACAUUUUAAUACUAACUUUUACAACUCUUCUAUGGCGUUCCUGUCAGUAUUAAAAGUGAAAUUAGGUUGGGGUCCAUUUCCUGGUCACUCCCUGUGCUGUUUUGUGUCUAGAUUUGGUAAGACUGAAGACAGUAAAAUGAAGAAUUCUCACAAGAAUCUUAUUUCAAUUGAGUCGCAGAGUCAAGCUACAGUACAAAAUUAGUGAAGUGUAAGUCAGCCAGGUAGCCUGCCAUUUUCAAAUGCUGUCAGUAUUCCAGAUGUGUUGUUCUAAUAGGCAACCAAUAAAAAUGAAUGGUGGAAUUCACAAAAUGUUUAAUAAUAUUUUGUUUUUCUCAUCAAAAUAACACACCCUUAUGAGUCUAUCAGGCAGUCGCUUGAAAAAACAAAGCCUGAUAUUUUGUCUGCCAAAUUAAAUAAGGCAAAAUCCAAACAAUCCCCUUCACAUGAUUUAAUUAUAGUAGCAGUCUGAGUAUGAGCUUUUGGAGGAUUUAA